UUCAUACUUCAGUGACAAAAAGGGCACAAAGAGUUUGUGUCACACGGACCCAAGAGCAUUAGGGGUUAACCGCGUCACAACAUUAAGGACUCAAAAGUAUGAAAGGAAACAGUGUCACAAAGAUCCGCAUUCUAGCAACUUAAAAGCAUAAGAGGAAAAUAAAGACAACAGAGAAUAAAAAUACGCACACAAAUAACAAUUGUUAGAUCACAUCAUGGCGGAAUAAUCAGUUUUAACACAACUGACACCAAAGUGAAACCAUCAGGGAUCUUUUAGAGAGAUUUGAUGAUCGGGUCUUUGCCGACUUUAAUCGGAACAGUGGGGGGAAUGAUCAGGUUUGGCCCAAUCACAAGUAUUGUAUGCGUGUAUCCCACUUGUAAGUCAUUUUGAACGUGUUCAAAAUUUGUGAUUGUCGGGAAACACACCCGACACAACAGGAUAAUUGUUCCAGAUCAUCGUUUAGAGUCAUCUGAAAAUCGGGUUAUUGAUGGCUUUGAUUGGUUGGGGCGUGGGGGCUCACAUUUGGCCUAAAGUCUUUUGUCAUAUUUUGGAAUUUGUCAUCUUACCCCGACAUUUUUUUUUUACAUAUAUGGUCAAUUGCCUGCUCUGAGCUUUAUUUAAUAAGGAUACAACAUGUCCACCUUCAUCAGACGGUACAGUCGCUACCUGAACGAAAAAGCCAUGUCGUUCCGGUUAGCAGCGGUGGACUUCACCAAGAUGAAGCGAGGGGCCGACGGCGUGAUGCGCACUAUGAACACAGACAAGCUGAUUAAAACGCUGCCAAUCAUUCAGAACCAGCUGGAUGCGCUGCUGGAUUUCCAGGUACCAUUUUAUAAAAAAAAAAAAAAAAAAAAAACAGCGCCAUCAUUAGGCGCGAUAAUGCCACGCGAUAACAGUUUGUGCGUGCGUGUACACUCCGACCUGCAGCCGAACUCCAACGAGCUGAGCAACGGAGUCAUUAACACGGCCUUCAUGCUGCUCUUCAAAGAUUCCAUUCGGUUGUUUGCUGCGUACAACGAGGGCGUCAUCAACAUGCUGGAGAAGUACUUUGACAUGAAGAAGAACCAGUGCAAAGAGGCACUGGAGCUCUACAAGACCUUCCUCAACAGGAUGACUAAACUGUCCGAGUUUCUCAAAGUGGCCGAGGCUCCUAGCUCUCUCCUGGAGGCCCUGGAGCAACAUUUAGCCUCCCUGGAGGGGCGGAAGCUCAAAGACCUCUCCACAGCCAGCAGGUCCAGCACUCUGUCCAGCACAGUGUCGUCCCUCUCCAGCACUGGGAUCUCCCUCAGCCGUAUGGACGACAAGAUGGAGAACAAUCGACUGCAGCAACACAAGGAUCACGGUCAUAAGGUGAUCGAUAUCCAGACGCCCAACGUGUCGCCCAGCACCCAGUCGGUGGGCAGUGUCAGCAGCAGUGGCGGAGCUACGGACCUCUUCUCCAGCUCACCCUUUGUAGCCGUCAACAACCAUGUGCCAAAUUUGACCAGUGAGCUGUUCACCCUGCAGCCCCAUUUCACACCCCUUCAGACCACACACACUGUGCCCAACAACAACGCUUGGGGAGGUACAGUACAGAUGUACAUUACAACAACAAAAACAACAGCAGCCUCUGCAUAUAAUAACACGGGCGUGGGGAUCUUCUUAGGUGAUUUGCUCAAGCCGGCCCCGCCCACUCAGAUUCACAGCCCCGGUGUCCCACUACACUCUGGGAAGAUGCUUUCCAACGAUUUGGAUUCUUCAUUAGCUAACCUCGUCGGGAACCUGCAGUUUGGAGGGACACCAGCCAAAAGGCCUGAGCUGCAGUGGAGUCAGCUGGUAGAGAAGAAACCGACAGGGGGAAGUGGCUGGCAGACAAAAACCAUGUGCCACAGCACCAACUGGACACACUCUGCCCAUCCCAUGGCCCCGGCACCCAUGCCUGUCCCUCAAAUGAAUGGGGUGAUCUACACUGGCUAUGCUCCAGCUCCAGUAGCUUUUCCUAUGACAACCCCCCAAGUGCCUGUCUAUGGAAUGCUCCCCCCUCAGAUGAGCCAUCAGAUCGGGGGUGUUCCCAUGAUGCCCCAGCAGCCCGUCAUGUACAACCAGCCGGUCCUGAGACCCACCAAUCCAUUCGGACCCAUCCCGGGGACGCAGGUAUUGAAUACAAACACAUCCACAGGCACAUAAGAGACAAACAGUCGCACUCACAAUUCCACCUGGGGGCAAUUUAGAGUGUCCAAUUAAUGUUGCAUAUUUUUGGGAUGUCGGAGGAAACUGGAGCGCCCAGAGAAAACCCACGCAGGAACAGAGAGAACAUGCAAACUCCACAUAAGCAGAGGUGGGAUUGAACCCUGGACCUCAGAACUGUGAGGCCAACGCUUUUCCAGCUGUUCCACCGUGCCGCCCACAGACAUCCAAUUAUUCUAAUUACAUAAAAGCUAAUCGGCAGACACUUCAAAAAUUGAAGAAAAAAUAUUAAAUGGAUUACUGAUUGAGGCAGCAGUGUGCCUCACAGUAAAACGUUUUGUGUUGUCAAUCUCCCUGUGCUAGUGUGUUUUUGAUUUCCAGUUACUUUGGCUUCCUCACACUCCAAAGACAUGCAUGCUAGCACUAUAAAUUGCGCAGAGUUGUGAAUGUAAUUAUGAAUGGUUGUUCAAUGUAAUGUCCUUGGUUAUGAAGCACUGACUCAAUGAGUGAGAAUCAGCCAGUGGUGGCCAAAUUGUGUUUAAAGGGUGACCAUCCCCUGCUCUGACUGCAGCUGGGAGGGAGUCUCAGAGCCUCCAGAAAUAGUCUCCAACCACCCCCCAGCUUUUUUUUUUUUCUUUUUUCAUAUAUAUAUAGUCACUAGAGGGGUCUAG